AUAAUUAUGAGGUCCUUUGAGGUGUCUUUUGCAGAAGAGAAGCCGAAAAAAUCAAAGAAUAUGGUUGUAGGGUCAAUCAUAGCUAUAGUAUGCCUACUGGGCACAUCUUCAAUACUCCCUCUGGCUGAUGGAUAUCAAGGAGUUAGUUCUGUACUCAGGCUUAUAUGGAGAUGGCAGAUGCUUGUGGCUUAUUGCUUGCCUUUUAGCAUUUAUUUUUGGUACAGUCAGAGAGACCAGAUUGAUAUUGAUAAAGUGCUUUGUAAAGAGACUGGAGUGCAGUUUUUUACAGCAGCAAUGCUUUGGAUGACAGCCUCUAAUUUACUUUUGCUGAGUUCUGAUUAUACUAUAGUAGGCCGUGCAGCUUUAUUCGGAAACCUUGGAGGUGUAUUUUUAGUAGGACUUAGUCUUUGAAGAGCACAGAUUGUGCAUGGUUUGGAGAUUUGGGGGUCAGUUGUUGUGGUUUUGGUGGCUGUGGGGAUGCUUUUGGGGGUUAUGGAUGUGGAUGAGUCAACUCCGAGUAAGAAUAAUGGACAGACUAAUAUUCUUUAUGGGGAUAUUUUAGCCUUGUCUUCUGCUCCUUUCUAUGGCUUUUACAUCCUUGUAAGCUCCAAACUCGUUGCCAAACUUCCCUCAAUGAUCGUUCUCAACAUAAACUUCCUUAUCCAACUGAUCGUCAUCCUCAUAAUCUAUCCAUUCUUUUUCAACAUGGACAAAUUCUGCUCUUUCGACCCUCACACUGGUCUCUUAGGAUGGGCUGCUGAUAAGUAUCUCUUCUACUCUUUAUUCUUCGUAGCUAUCUUCGCAGGUAUCUUCGGGAUUGGAGGCUAUGUCUUCACUCUGGAUUAUUUCGCUCCUCACGUUGUAGGGACCAUCUUCUUGCUGGAGCCUGUGCUCGGCCAGGUCUUGGGCAUCCUUCUUGGCCAAGAUAAUAUGCCUGGACUGAUGACCUAUGUUGGAGCAAUAGGAAUUUUGGCAGGGUUGGGUAUGAUUAUGAGAGGAGAUUUUUUGAAGAGGAAGAAAGAGGAGAUAGAGAAGGGAAAGAGAGGAAAAAAGGAAGAUGAAGAGAGGAUGUUAGGGGGAUAGUGGUGAUGGUAUUGGUGGUAUAAGUUCAAUGUGG